AUGGACUCGACAGGGGCCGAGCCGCUGGCGCUGCGGCCGCACGUCGUGCUGCUCGCCAGCCCCGGCGCCGGCCACCUCAUCCCGCUGGCCGAGCUGGCGCGGCGGCUCGUCGACCACCACGGCUUCGCGGCCACGCUCGUCACCUUCACCGACCUCUCCACCCCGGAGGCCCUCUCCGGCGUCCCUGCCUGCGUCGCCACAGCCGCGCUCCCGUCCGUCCAGCUCGACGACCUCCCCGACGGCACUUCCAUGGAGACCGUGCUCUUCGAGCUCGUCCACCGUUCCCUCCCUAACCUGCGCGCCAUCCUCCGUUCCGUCGGCGCCCCCCUCGCCGCGCUGGUGCCCGACUUCUUCUGCUCCGCGGCGCUGCCGCUCGCCGCCGAGCUCGGCGUCCCGGGGUACGUCUUCGUGCCCAGCAACCUCACCACCAUCGCGCUCAUGCGCGCCACGGUGGAGCUCCACGACGGCGUUCCACCCGGCGAGUACCGCGACCUCCCCGAGCUUCUCUGUCUCCCAGGCGGUGUCUCGCUGCGCCGUACCGACCUCCCGCGCUCGUUCCAGAGCAGCAACGAGCCGGUCUACGCGCACCUCGUCGAGGAGGGCCGGCGCUACCGCGGCGCCGACGGCUUCCUGGUGAACACCUUCUACGAGUUGGAGCCCGCCGCCGUCGAAGAGUUCAAGCAGGCGGCAGGGCGAGGCGCGUUCCCGCCCGUGUUCCCCGUGGGCCCGUUCGUCCGGCCAAGCACAAGCUCCGACGACGCCGCCGGCGCGUCCGCGUGCAUAGAGUGGCUAGAUCGCCAGCCGACUGGGUCAGUGGUGUACGUCUCCUUCGGUAGCGGCGGGUCGCUGACCGUGGAGCAGACGGCAGAGCUCGCCGCCGGGCUGGAAGCGAGCGGCCACCGGUUCCUUUGGGUCGUGAGGAUGCCGAAUCUGGACGGCAACGACGGCCAUGACCAUGAAGACAAGCAAAACCCAUUGGCGUGGCUUCCCGCGGGGUUCCUGGAGAGGACGGCGGACAAGGGGCUGGCGGUGGCGGCGUGGGCGCCUCAGGUGCGCGUGCUCUCCCACCCGGCGACGGCGGUGUUCGUGUCGCACUGCGGCUGGAACUCGGCGCUGGAGAGCGUGUCGGCCGGCGUGCCGAUGGUGGCGUGGCCGCUGUACGCGGAGCAGCGGAUGAACGCCGUGGUCCUUGAAGGGAGCGUCGGGGUGGCGCUGCGCCCGCGGGCGCGGGAGCGCGGCGAGAUCGCGGCCGUGGUGAAGGAGCUGAUGGAGGGGGCGGACAAGGGGCGCGCCGUGCGGCGGCAGGCCGGGGACCUGCAGCAGGCGGCGGCGCACGCGUGGUCGCCGGAGGGGUCGUCGCGCCGGGCGCUGGAGCAGGUCGCCGCCACGUGGAAGAAGGUGACGCUUGCCAAGGUGAAGUAA